AUGGGUAAAAUCUGCCCAAAUAAUAAUCAAAAUAAUGGCUCUAUAAUUGAAUUGAAAUAUGAUGAUGUUCUAUCUAAAAUACUGGUAUCAAGACUAAGAGUUGAAUCUGGGUUAAAGCUACCUGGGUAA